AUGGAAGAAAACGUUUUAUCUGAUAUUCGAAUUUACUCUUUAAAGAUUCUUCAAAAUGAACUUGUAAAUCAAGAUACUGUGGCAAAGCAGGAAGAGCAAGCCCAGUCACUUACGAACGAAAUACAAUCGGCCGAUGAGGAUCUCCACACUCAAAAAGUACUCAACAUGCAGCUCUACAACGACAACAAUGCAUUGAUUACGAAUCUUUCGCACAUUUUAAACGAAAGGAAUCGUCUUUUGAUCGAAUGUGAAGGGCUGCAAAAUACAACUCUCAUUAUUCAGCAGCAGCUGGCAGAAAUAGAAGGUCAGGUAUCUGCGGAACAAGAGCAGUAUGAAAGUAUCUGCUCACAACUGAAACAGCUGGAGGAGAAAUGGAAUGACUGGAAGCAGAGCGUGCGAAAACAGGAAGCUGCUAUAGAGCAAUCAUCAGAAGAGCUAAACGCGGUAUGUACAAGCCUUUCUGAGAUUCAACAGACUUUAACUGCGAAGCAGAGAUCCUAUUCCGAACUCUGUGGUCGAUUUGAACGAUUCCAAAAACAAAGGGAUCAAAGAGAUAAAGAGAGUGAACGCAAAGAGAAGAUGCAAAAAGAGAGCGAAGAAGAACUAAUGCUCCUUCAGAAGAAAUUAACGAUUGAUAAGUUGAAUAUGAUAGACGAGCUAAAGACCCUUCAGCUAAACCAGAGGCAAUCAAGAGAAAGGGAAGAGCAGGAAAAAGCAGUCCUGAGAAAGAGAAUCGAGGAUGAAAGCUCGGGCUUGGCAGAGUGUGGUUCGGAAAUUGAAAGCAUUGUUCGGCAAUUGCAGGAAAGAAAGCAAUUGCUGGACAAUAAACGUAUUUCUCAAACUGAACUGGAGAACCAAAUGGAUCAAGAGAGAAAAGCACAAGACAGAAUGAGAGAAGAAUGGGAGCAAGUCUCGCUUCAGAUACAAAAGCACAGCAAGGCAAUCGAGGAACUCAAUAGCCAGAAAGAGCGCGCAGCUCAAAGUCAAGCAGAGCUUGAAAGAAAAGCACUGGAAAUAGAAAAGCAGCUUUCGGCCACCAAGGAAUCUCUGUCGACCAUGGCGCUCACGAUGAAGCAGCUGGAAGACCAGGCGCAGGCGCUUCAGCAGCAGUACAGUGCGUUGGAGAAGCAAGUCGAUCGAUGCAAAGAGGAGAGAUCGCUGCAAACAGCAAUCCUGUCAAACCCAACUCUCCAAAGGCUUUUGCUUUCUGUUCAGAAUCGCAAAGAGUGCGCAUAUCCUUGA